GAAGGAUCUUGGUACGAAAUGCCAACUGUUUGUUCGGUCCCAUAGAUACUGCCUGACCUACGGAGUUCCUCCAGCAUUUUAGUACAGUCGAUGCAAAAUGGCUUUGAUUUCUGUGGACAGCACACCUCACUAUGCAAAGACGAGUUUCGGAGCAGAUGUUGAUCCCAUGAAAUUCUACUCUACAACAUGUUCAACAUCCUUUGGUCAUGAACACUUUGUACCCAGGACAGGUGUGCAUUCUGGAGCAGGAUAUGUCACAAAUAUAAGACCUGUCCUACACUACACAUCCUCUAUAGGCAGACUUGAUAAUCCAGUCCUUGGGCAACUUUUGCAAGAUAACUGUCGCUCAAUAACCAAGAAACACUUUGUUCCUUAUGGACACCCAGAUGGAAAAGAAGAUUUUCCUCAUAAGUUACAUUCCAUAGGCAGUGGAUUCAUGCGGACAAAGCCAUUGAACUUCCCAUUCCUCAAAGAUAUGAAAGAGGUUCAUACUGAUACGAAAGAUCAUGGACCAUCGUUUAUCACAGGAAUUCAGCCCAAGCAUGUACCAUUACUACAUCAAAUUCAAUCAAAGGACCCAGUAAUGCAAGAGAAUAGAGGUCAUGGACCACUCUAUAUGUCCACUGAGUAUAAUGCUAAAUAUAAGCCACUGGAUUCAUCAGCAUUUUCUCAACAUAAAACAGUUGGGAAAAAGGAGAACACCGGGUUCACAGAAGGCUCUGAUCUGAGCCCCAUCACCUUCCACCACCCAUCGGCAUAUCAAGGUGACCAACCAGGAUACUGCACCGACCGGCCAACUGGAAUCUCCCUCACAAAAUCAGACUAUCUACCAUCCAGAACUCUACAUGGAGAUGAAUUUCUGCCUUCAAUAGCAAAUAGGUCAAAUAGAGGCACCAGUUUCACAAACGAAGUCAGACUGUCAUUGGACACAGUUCAACCAAGCAAACUUCAUAAUCUUCCCGCUGAUAAGAUAGCAAAGAUAAAGAAGGAAGACCCUGCUGAAUACCUUCACAGAACUUAUCUUAAUGAUCCAAGCAGUAUCAAUUCAUUGACAUACAUAAAACCAGAGCGUAAACCAUUGCAGGCAAAACUGUCUGGUCGCCUUGACAUUGGAAGUCAGGAAUCCACCGGAUUCACCAGCAAUGAGAAUGGUUAUGUAUAUCCAGCCAAGAGUGCAACAGAUACUGACAGAUUCCUGACAAAUUAUAAACUUUGGCACAAUGACAAAACACCAAAGGGAGAAGACAGAGAGGGUUGGACAAGAGGAGGUAUCCAGAAACAGCUAGCUGAUGGUUUUGUUCGAAGCAGCAUCAUUCAUAAGCAUGGACCUGACUAUAACAUAACUGAAAAUUUACAUCAGAUUCACCCCCAUGUGGCCAGAACAAUAAGGUCUGUUGAUGAACAUCAUGAUGAUCACACACAUGACCAUAAACAGCGUCCACCUGGUUUGACCUUCUGA